CCUCCUCCCCCUCCUCCACAACCACACCUUCCUCCCUCGCCCUCAUCUCGCUCGCGCUCGCGCUCUCCCUCUGGCUCCGAUCGAUUCAGGUUUCUCGGCGAUUUGAGAGGAUAUGUCGGGCGGGGGUACUCAGAAGAGCUUGAGGAAAGCGCUCGGAGCCAUCAAGGACACCACUACUGUUUCAUUAGCCAAAGUCAACAGUGAAUACAAGGAGUUGGACAUCGCUAUCGUUAAGGCCACGAAUCACGUCGAGCGCCCUGCGAAGGAGAAGCAUAUCAGAGCUAUAUUCGCCGCUGUCUCGGCUACUAGGCCUCGGGCGGAUGUGGCUUAUUGCAUUCACGCUCUCGCCAGACGGCUAUCGAAGACUCAUAAUUGGGCGGUCGCACUUAAAACGUUGAUUAUUAUACAUCGAGCUCUGAGGGAAGUUGAUCCAACGUUUCAUGAGGAACUUAUUAAUUAUGGCCGGAGUAGAAGCCAUAUGCUGAACAUGGCUCAUUUCAAAGAUGAUUCUAGUCCCAACGCAUGGGAUUAUUCUGCAUGGGUUCGGACAUAUGCCUUAUUUUUGGAGGAAAGACUGGAAUGCUUUCGAGUUCUGAAAUAUGACGUCGAAGCAGAUCGCCCUAGAACCAAAGAGCUAGACACUGCAGAAUUACUUGACCACUUGCCAGCUCUGCAAGAGCUUCUGUUUCGUGUGCUUGGUUGCCAGCCCCAAGGUGCAGCAGUUCAUAAUUUUGUCAUUCAAUUGGCACUUUCAAUGGUUGCUUCUGAAAGUAUGAAAAUAUAUCAAGCCAUAAGUGAUGGUACAGUCAAUUUGGUUGACAAGUUUUUUGAAAUGCAACGUCAUGAUGCAAUGAGGGCUCUUGACAUUUAUAGGAGAGCUGGCCAUCAGGCCGAGAGACUUUCAGAAUUCUAUGAAAUAUGUAAAAAUGUGGAUAUUGGGCGUGGAGAGAGGUUUAUCAAGAUUGAACAGCCACCUGCAUCGUUUUUACAAACCAUGGAAGAGUAUGUUAGAGACGCUCCACUCUCCUCUACAGGACGGAAAGAUCAGGCAGUUGAUGGUAAAAUUGCUUCUCCCCAGGAAGUCUUAGCUAUUGAAUACAAGAAGCCCCCAGAAGUACAGGAGGCACAACCACCGUCCCCACCAAAGGCUGAGCCAGAACCAGAACCAGAACCAGAACCUGUAAAAGUAGAAGCCCCUGUUGCUGAACCAGAUCUAUUGGGUUUGAAUGAACCCAAUCCACUUGCAUCAGAAUUAGAUGAGAAGAAUGCAUUGGCUUUAGCUAUUGUUCCUGUUGGUGUUGCUGAUCAACCAAAUUCUACUGGUUUCAAUCAUGCUAACGGAGCUACUGGUUGGGAAUUGGCACUAGUCACUGCUCCUAGCUCCAAUGAGAAUGCCUCAGCUGCUAGCAAGUUGGGGGGAGGACUCGACAAGCUUACUCUCGACAGCUUAUAUGAUGACGCAAUGAGAAGAAACAGCCAAAGCUCUAGCUAUAAUCCCUGGGAGCCAGCCCCUAUGGCCGGUCCGAUGAUGCAACAACCAGCACACGACCCGUUCUAUGCCUCCAGUGCAGUAUCCGCACCUCUUCAAGUCCAAAUGGCAGCAAUGCAGCAACAGCAGGCCUUCAUGUUGCAGCAGCAGCAGCAGCAGCAGCAGAUGAUGAUGAUGGGCCCACAGAUGCAACAGCCGGCAAAUCCUUUCGGAAAUCCAUAUGCAGCCAAUGUCCACCCAUAUGGCUCCAGCGUGCCGGUCCAAGCCUACAAUCCUUACUCUGGCCUAAUUUAAGACCCUUUACAAAAAGAACGAGUCUAUCCCGGAGAAAAUGGGAUGGAAUGAUAACGGGUAUGAUCGGUUCGUGCCGAUUAAAACCUCAAAAGAAGAUAAUUAGUUUUUUGUAACAUAUGUGGUGCCUGUGCAGCAAUUAGCUAGAGUGACAAUUCUUUGUUGAGUAUUAGCGAGAGAGAGCCUUUAGUCUAUUGAUUAUUUAUGCUGGUGAUGCUGACGAUUGGAAAUAAUGUCUUUGAGACCACAAUUCUUCACAGCCUGCUCGAGCAGGGUUACUUUUACCGUCACACAUAUUUCUCAUGUUUAUAGAUUUUCCUGUGAAUGAAAAAGGAGUCACUUUGUAAA